GAGAGAAGUCUCAUGGCUGGUCAGCCAAGCAUCAGCAUACGUCACUCGAAACUGUAGCUCUAGCUCGAGCGAGCGCCAACGUGCCUCUGAUGGGCCCGCGACGUGGUGUCUGCUGUUUGCGACGCUCAGACUCACGAUAUUGAAUGGACACGGUUGAGUGCCACGGCAAAGCGUAAGAAGAGCAACUUCAACUACACCUGCUCUCUCCUCCACCCUCCCUCAUCCAUCACUGCACUCCUCACUCAGCCUCUUGCAUCUCUACAGGCCUCACACCACUCCACUCACCCAUCUCCCUGCCCGCUCACUCGCACGCUUGCAUAUCAGCAAGUAUGUCCGCACUAAACACUCCAAGCGCAUCCGAUUGGUCCUCUCACAGCGUCAACUAUGACACGAGAUCGCACCCCGACUCUUCCAGGCCCAAUGCUACCUCCGAAGCCCCUACCCAGGGUAUGAUUCGUCGCGCAUUCAUCGACCACUUUCUACCCCUCAUCGAUCAGCUGCUAAGCUACAACCUCGACACCAACGAGGCUCGCGUUGCCCCUUUCAAGCUGCACGACUCCAUGUGCGGCACGGGUGCCGAACUGACCGCUUUGCUGGAGCAUUAUGCCGAGGGCAAGGGCCGCACUCUCGCUCGGAACGGCAAAUUGCAAAUCGUAGCCACGGACUUUGCGCAAGGUAUGGUGGACAGCGCCAAAGCAAAGGUCAAGCACUUUGAUCAAGUCGAGCAAAUGGUCGAUUUCGGCAUCGUCGACGUCAUGAAUGUGCCCUACCCUGACAAUCACUUUGACGUCGAUACGAUGAUCAUGGGUCCCGGUCUGGUUCCGGACCCGGACAAGGCGAUGGCCGAGAGCGUGAGGGUGCUCAAAGCAGGAGGUUUGGCCCUUUACGCUCAACCGUACGACAUUCAGGGCUGGGACUUCUUCAACGAGCCGCUGCAAACGCUCGGCUUCUUGUCCAAAGGUUCACCAAAGAUGCAAGAUCUGCCCAUGCUCGCCGCUUUCAGGGACGUGGAAGCCGUCAAGGGUCGGCUGGAGCGCGCAGGCCUACAUAAGGAUAGCAUCCAGCACGCGUUUUCAGAAGACUACUACACCUGCUCUGACAUUGUCAAAUUCACAUCCGACCUCUUUGCCAAUCCCGGCAUGCGCGCCGCAUUUUUACCUUUACUCAAUGAGGAUCAAAGAUCCCAAGUAAGAGACGAGGCUAUUCGCAUGGUCCACGAAAAGUAUCCGGAUGGUGUUGCGCGCCUCAAGCAUGUUGUCGCCGUCUGGUGGGGAUACAAGCCCACGUGAUCAAGACAUUCUGGGCAAGACGAGCCGCAAAUGGUUCUUCACGAACACAGCUUCCAGCUCCUGUGAAUGACAGAUUGAAUGAUAUUGUCCGAUUUGUACUGUAAGUGCGUA